AUGUCGGAUUCGAGUGGAUCUGAUGGGGCCGGUUUUGCCUUCUAUCGCUAUGAUCCCAGCAUGGGUGCCGCCGCGGUCUUCACUCUCCUUUUCAUCGGCACAACUGGGUAUCAUAUUUUUCAAAUGUUCAAGUCCCGGACGUGGUUUUUUGUUCCUUUUGUCAUUGGCGGCAUAUUUGAAAUUAUCGGAUAUAUCGGACGAGCCAUGUCCAGCCAACAAAGCCCUAAUUGGACUCUUGGACCAUAUCUCGUGCAGACACUUUUUCUUUUGCUGGCUCCAGCCCUCUUAGCGGCCUCGGUAUACAUGCUCCUUGGUCGCAUUAUCCUGAUGUUACAAGCGGAAUCACAUGCCUUAUUGAGAAAGAAAUGGUUGACGAAGAUUUUUGUAACGGGCGAUGUGCUCUCAUUCUUACUGCAAGGAGCUGGUGGUGGCAUCCAGAGCAGUGGGAAUCUAGAUAGCAUGAAGACCGGCGAGCAUAUCAUUGUCAUCGGCCUCUUUGUUCAAAUCUUCUUCUUCGGGUUCUUCAUCGUCACAGCAAGCCACUUCUACUGGAAGAUUAAGAAGUACCCAAUCCCACGCUCCUGUACUCCGGACAUCCCUUGGACCAAACAUCUGCAUGUUCUUUAUCUGGCGAGCUUCUUGAUCCUGGUUCGCUCCAUUUUCCGACUGGCUGAAUACCUUCAAGGAAACAACGGAUACCUCUUGCACCACGAGGUCUUUUUAUACGUUUUCGAUGCUCUACUAAUGUUUAUCACGAUGGUCGUCUUUAAUAUUGUGCAUCCACAGGAGAUCGGGCGACUUCUAAGCCGUCCGUCUGAUUAUGAAUUGACUCACGCGCCAGACGCAUAUGCUACCAAACCAUACGAAAGGUCCCUGGCGCCGGGGUCGCCCGUCCCGUUCCGGUCAUCUGCUUAA